AUGGGAAGCGGAGUCGGAGGGGUAGUCUUCAACUUAGGAAUGCAAAAAGUAAUUGAAGCUAGAGACUACCACUGGGAAUUAAGGGCUCAGGCUAUAAUUGCUUCUGGUGUCACUACUUUAGCAGUUAUUCUAAUCCGUACUCGUUCAAAGAAUCAUAAAAUUCAAUUUGUUAUUGUAGACAAAGAUUGUUUAAAAUGCACUGGCUUUUGGUUUCUUAGUUUAUUUCUAGUUACUUGA